AUGGCUCCCUCCAACGUCGCUGCCUGGCUGCCCUCGCCCAGGGCCCGUCCGCUCAAAGUCGACAACGCCGAGUAUCCGACCGUUGGAGACAACGAGAUCGUCGUCAAGGUCUCUGCCGUUGCCCUCAACCCCAUGGACUGGCUCAUCCAGGUGCUCGGCGAGAAUCUCUUUUCCUGGCUGCAGUACCCCUACAUCGGCGGCACCGACGCGGCGGGCACCGUCGUCGAGGUGGGGCGGUCCGUGACCAAGUACAAGGUUGGCGACCGUGUCGUGGGUCUGGCCGCGGGCUUCACGCCUCGCGAGGGAGCCUUCCAGGACUACGUCGUCCUGCGCGCCAACGCGUCGGCGCCGAUCCCCGACAACCUGAGUUUCGAGGACGCUGUCGUGCUGCCACUGGGGCUGUGCACGGCGUACUGUGGCCUCUACCAAAAGGACUAUUUGGCGCUCGAGUACCCGCGCGUGGACCCCAAGCCCGCCGGCCGUACGGUGCUGAUCUGGGCCGGCGCAUCGAGCGUGGGUUCCAACGCCAUCCAGCUGGCCGUCGCGUCGGGCUACGAGGUCUUCACCACGGCAUCGCCCCAGAACUGGGACUACUGCAAGGCGCUCGGCGCGUCCCGCGUCUUUGACUACCGCAGCCCCACGGUCGUGCAGGACCUGGUGGACGCGUUCCAGGGCAAGACGUGCGCGGGCGGCUUUGCGAUCCACCCGGGCUCGGAACAGCCCGUCUUUGAGGUGGUGGCGCGCAGCGAAGGCGCCAAGACGGUCGCCGUGGCCGGGCCCUUGCCCAAGGACAUCCCCGCCGGCAUCACCGCCAAGGGCAUCUUCGCCGGCACCGAAGACGACGAGCUCCGCGGCAAGAUCUGGAACGAUUUCCUUCCCGAGGCGCUGGCACAGAGCAAGUACAAGUGCCAACCCGCCCCGCGCGUGGUCGGCCAGGGGUUGGACAAGAUCCAGGAAGGCCUUGAUCUGGGGGCCCAAGGCGUUUCGGCGCAGAAGUUAGUAGUCAAGCUUUGA